UGGUGAGGAUUUCUGCAUGUUGGUGGUCUUUGCCCCCUUGUCUCCCCUCUGUCUGGUGCAGCUGAUUUGUCUUUGAGCCAUGGUUUCUAAAAGGAUUGUUCUGGUAUUCUGUAUGCUCUGGUGCUUGGCAGCAGCAUCAAAGCUCACAGGCGAAACAGAGAUAGACGUGGAUGAGGGACACGGACAUGACUGGGAUAUCUUUGACAUCAACAGAGAAGCCGGGUUGGAUUUGAUGGAGGGUGACAUUGUGAUGGAUGAGGUCGACAGUAAAAAUACCAUCCUAGGGGAGCAGUAUCGCUGGCCUCAUUCAGUACCAUACUACCUGGAGGACAGUCUGGAUAUAAAUGCCAAGGGUGUGAUUCUGAAGGCUUUUGAGCAGUACAGAUUGAAAACAUGCAUUAACUUCGUACCAUGGAAGGGAGAGAAGAACUAUAUUUCUGUGUUCAAAGGCAGUGGAUGCUUCUCCUCAGUAGGUAAUCGGCAGGAGGGGAAGCAGAAGUUGUCUAUUGGUAAUAACUGCGACCGUUUGGCAACUGUUGAGCAUGAGUUUCUGCAUGCUCUGGGUCUAUGGCAUGAGCAGUCCCGAGCUGACCGUGAUGACUAUGUCGACAUCAUGUGGGACCGCAUUGAACAAGGAAAAGAACACAACUUCCUGAUCCACGGGGAGACAGAGUCGAGUGCCCUAAAUGUGCCUUAUGACUAUGGCUCCGUGAUGCACUACAGCAAAACAGCCUUCAACAUUGGUUCACAGCCCUCCAUCGUCACUAAGAUACCGAGCUUCAUGGAUGUGAUUGGCCAACGUAUGGAGUUUAGCGACAGUGACCUGCUGAAGGUCAACAGGCUCUACAACUGCACAACAUCAUCAACGUUCCUGGACUCAUGCAGCUUUGAAAAGGAGAAUAUCUGUGGGAUGAUCCAGGGUCCGGGUGGGGUGGCUCAGUGGGACCACCGACACAGCGUGACUGGGGGACCCAACACGGACUACACCGACAUGAGUCACUGUGAGGGAAAAGGGUAUUUCAUGCACUUCAGCACAGUGUCGGGUAACCAUGGCGACCUGGCACUCCUGGAGAGCCGUCUGUUCUACCCCGAGCGAGGGUCUCAGUGCCUGCAGUUCUACCUCUAUAACAAUGGGGGAAAAGAUGAUCAAUUGAACGUGUGGGUUCGAGAGUAUGAUGAAGCCAACCCCCAAGGAAAACGGAGACUCAUCCAGAAAAUCGACAUUACAGGUGGAGUAAGAGACUCCUGGGAAUUGUACCACGUGACUCUGGACGCGAAGAUGAAGUUCCGCGUCGUGUUCGAGGGUAUAAAGGGGAAGGCGGCCUCCACCGGAGGGCUUUCAUUGGACGACAUCAACCUAUCAGAGACAACCUGCCCGCACCACACCUGGCGCAUCCGUGGCUUCACCGAUCUCCUAGCAACCACACCGACGGGCGUAAAGAUCUACAGCCCGCGCUUCCUGUCCCCCGCUGGCUAUUCCUACGUGGUGAGUGUGUACAUCAACGGCCGCAGCAGCCCAGGGAGCCUGGCCAUGUAUUUCCACUUGACCUCCGGCCCUAACGACGACACCCUCACCUGGCCGUGCCCAUGGCAACAGGCCACAGUGGCCCUGAUGGAUCAGAACCCAGACAUCAGGCGGAGGAUGUCCAACCAUCGCAUGAUCACCACCGACCCCAGCAAGUUGUCCUCAGAUGGUAAUGAGUUCUACUGGGACAACCCUCGUAAGGUGGGCAGUCUGGUGACUGGUUCAGAUGGCAGUAGGUUCUACCUUGGGCCCGGUAGCGGCACCAGCAGCUUCCUCACCCACAGCAGGAUGAAGAGCAGGAACUUCAUCAAAGGAGACGAUGCCAUUUUCCUCCUCAGUGUGGAGGAUGUGUCUGGCCUGCUCGAGAGCCAACCCCGCCCUCGUUCUGCAGCGCCUCCAUUUAAGAGCGCCAUGUCAUCCAGUCAGGAGACCACAGACACCUCCACAGUGGUGAUGGCAGUGUCCACGUCCUUGGCAGCAGCCGUGUUUGUGGUUGUCUUAGCAAGUGUGGUGUACAUCCGGAGAUCCAACAGGCGACAGCAGGAAACCGAUAGAGACGUGAUCGAUGUGGAGAACACAGAUAUACAGAUGUGAGGGACAGCAGGUUUUCAUCAGCAGGUUGUUGAGAGUACUAGUAGAAAAACAUCCCAGGACCUACAAUAGUCUGAUAAUUGACUGUCUCAAUUUCUAACAAGAAAUGUAAACCAUACAUCUAUUAAUAUAUGGAAAAUGUUUAGCUACAACUAUCAGUGCAUCCAUUACAUUCAAAACGCUCACAGAUAUGUGAGUGAUGUUUUUGUUAGAGAAAAAUACACAGUGAAAAUAAAGUCUGACAAAAAGAAAAAUAAAUUGUAUGAUUAUACAUGAAAUUGAGCUUUGAUAUAUUUUCUGAAACAGACUUCAGUUUUGCCUCC